AUGGGGAAGCCGGCCAAGCCCUCGCCCGCCGCGCCGCCGCCGCGGCCGACGCCGUCCAAGACGGUGCACUCCGCGCUGCUCACCUACGCCUCCAUGCUCUCGCUGCUCUCCCUCUGCCCGCCCUUCGUCAUCCUCCUGUGGUACACGAUGGUGCACGCGGACGGAUCGGUGGUGCAGACGUACCAGCACCUUCGCGACCACGGCCUCCUGGAGGGGCUCAGGUCCAUCUGGCCCAUGCCCACGGUCGUCGCCGGGAAGAUCAUCCUCGGCUUCGCCCUCUUCGAGGCCGCCCUGCAGCUGCUUCUCCCCGGGAAGCGCUUCGAAGGGCCCGUCUCACCCUCCGGCAAUGUGCCCGUCUACAAGGCAAAUGGUUUGCAAGCAUAUGCAGUGACACUCGCCACUUACCUAAGCCUUUGGUGGUUUGGAAUUUUUAACCCUGCGAUAGUAUAUGAUCAUUUGGGGGAGAUCUUCUCGACUCUCGUCUUUGGAAGCUUUGUGUUCUGUAUUUUACUGUACAUAAAGGGCCAUGUAGCACCAUCUUCAUCUGAUUCUGGAUCCUCAGGGAACGCGAUAAUCGAUUUCUACUGGGGAAUGGAACUGUAUCCUCGGAUUGGCAAGCAUUUUGACAUCAAAGUCUUUACAAACUGCCGUUUUGGGAUGAUGUCCUGGGCUGUUCUUGCUGUAACCUACUGCAUAAAGCAGUAUGAAAUGAAUGGCCGAGUUGCAGACUCCAUGCUUGUCAAUACUGCACUGAUGUUGAUCUAUAUCACUAAGUUUUAUUGGUGGGAGUCUGGAUAUUGGUGCACUAUGGACAUUGCUCAUGAUAGAGCCGGUUUCUACAUUUGCUGGGGAUGCUUGGUAUGGGUUCCAUCGAUAUAUACCUCUCCUGGAAUGUACCUUGUCAAUCAUCCUGUGAAUUUGGGUCCCCAGCUGGCACUGUCAAUUCUUCUUGCUGGAAUACUGUGCAUCUAUAUAAACUAUGAUUGUGAUCGCCAACGCCAAGAAUUUCGCCGGACCAAUGGAAAAUGCUUAGUCUGGGGCAAAGCUCCGACAAAGAUUGUUGCUUCCUACCAGACCACAAAUGGAGAAACAAAAACCAGUCUUCUCUUGACUUCUGGAUGGUGGGGCUUGACUCGUCACUUUCACUAUGUCCCAGAAAUACUAUCAGCAUUUUUCUGGACCGUCCCAGCUCUUUUCGAUCACUUUCUCCCAUAUUUCUAUGUGAUAUUUCUGACCAUAUUAUUGCUCGACCGAGCAAAGAGGGAUGACGAUAGAUGCUCAUCAAAGUAUGGCAAGUAUUGGAAGACCUACUGCAAUAAAGUACCAUACAGGGUUAUUCCUGGUAUUUAUUGAACGCUUGGGCUACAUUGACUACAACUACCAAGAAGAAACUCAGCUGAUGAUGUGAUGAUGUCCCUGUUUGCAUAAUAUCGAUGACAUUAGCUUGAUGUAUGCAGCAGUGGGUGGAGGGAAGUUUUGGUAUCUGCACUGUAUGUGGUGUGCCUACACUAGGUAAUAUUUGUUUGCUACUAGUUGGGUUUAGGAUUGUAAUAGCUUGUUUGCACAAAUUGUUUAAGGCAGCAAAAAUGCACCGACAUGUACUCUGUAUUUUAAUUACUAGCCAACCCACUGUUUAUUUCAUAACAUAUUGUUGUAAACUCGAAGACAACAUUUCUUGGUAAACGUUUGUACUUCUCAUUAUGAAAUAAAGCUAUAUUUUUGCUGGUU